UACUGAGCUGCCGUUUCUCCCGGCAGUGGGAAUGUGGAAGCCCAGCCCAACGGGGACACGGCCCCGGCAGAGCCAGCCCAGCCUUCCGACGCCUCUGGAGCUGCCGGGAGCUGUGCUGGCGAUCAGAUGGUGCAGAAGAUCGAGGAAGUGCUCUCGGGAGCCCUCGGGACGGAGCUGCAGAGCAACCCAGAUGUAGACAAAAAUACUGUGAAAAAUAGUACUCAGUCUACAAAAAGAAGCUCCACUGGAGAAGAUGAAAUUCCUAGGAAAAAAGCAAAGAAGAACAAGAAGCACAAAAGCAAGAAGAAGAAGAAAAAGAAGAAGAAAAGGAAGAAAGAGAAAAAGCAUAAAAAGCAGCCAAAGGAAGCCAAGCUGGGUGCACGUCCCGGAGAAGCCGCGGACGUGCCGCCGGCUCCUCACCUGCUCCUGGAGAAAUCCGGCUCCCAAGUGAAUGUCCAGCAGGGAGGGGUGGGAGAGCCCAGCCUGGCUGGGCACCUGCAGCCACAGCUGUGCCCAACAGCGAGUGAGGGGCUUGAUAAUCAAGCUUUAGGACUUGUUUCUCAUUCAGUAACUGAUUCCCAGCAAUCUGCAGAAAACCUUGGAAGUGGGGAGGGGACUUUGUGUGCAACAAAUCCUCCAUUUAAUUUAGAAAGCAACCAGUCUAAUAUCCCAGAAAAUACCGGUAUAGCUCACAGCACGAUUUGCACUAGUGAAGAACAAAUUCAGCAGUCCCACGGAAAUAUUUAUCCUGUAGCUAUUAAUGCCAGUGUUGUUGAUACUGGAAACGAUGCUUGGUCCAGCAUCCCAUCUGGAAUUGCCAGUAAAUCUGAGUUUCAGAAAGAUUCAGUAGAAGCGCUGAGAGGUUCAGAAGUUACUCUGAAGUCUCCAGGCUCUGAGGAGGUAAAAGCUUUGGAUGCAGCUCUCGAGCCCGAGGCCAUGGAGGUGUUGCCUUACUCGGAAGCAUCUCUGCAGUCAGUGUCUCAGAGGGGAGCACAGGACUUAGGAACAGCUUCGGAGUCUGUGUCCUUGGCAAGUGGUGGGACAGCAAUUCCUACAUCUACAAAUUGGGCAGAUCCCAGUGCUGUGACAGUAGCUCACGUGGCUGUGGCUGGACAAGUACAGAAAAUUCCAGAAGCAACGGAAAAGUGUGUGCAUAUGGGAAAUGUGCAAAGUGUGCAGAGAUCUUUGGAACUGGGGGGUGUGAGCAGAACUUUGGAGCCAGCCCAGCAGCCCUCUGUUAUAGCUGGGAAUUUGAGCAUGACGCUCCCCAUGGGGAGUUCAAGUGUCUUGAGAGCAAAUGUACCUUUGCAACAUCCUUUUAAAUUAUCUGCAGCCAGCCCUUUGGCCCCAGUGGAUAUACAAAGUGCCAAAACACCCCCAGGAGCAGGAGCCACCACAAAAAUGAAGGAUAUUGAACCAGCGAUGGAAAGUGUGAAAGCUUCGGAAACAACUCUGGAACCUGUGGGUGUUACAGCUCCUGAGAGUCUGCAAAGCAAAAGCGUGGAAGGUCCCACAGCUCCUGCAGCAGUGCUGGGGGCAGCAGGAGCAUUCCUGCAGCGUGGAGUCUUCCCAGAAGCGAGGGGCGUGGACAGAGCCGUGGGGCCCGUGCUGCCAGCAGCACCCACAGGGGCCAGCGCGGCUGCCGAGCCAGAAGGGGGAAGAGCAACUGCAGAACCCACAGCCCUUGGACAGGCCUUGGUCCAGCAAACAGCUCCACAGCUCCACGUGGCAGAGGGGCUUAGAAGUCCACAAGCAAGAGGCUCAGAAGGUACUUCAUUGCCGAGACCUGAGGGUGAAUCCAACGUGAGAGGUUUGGCACCUGCCCCGUCUUUGCAGAAGGAAGAUGUGCAAGGUCUGGGAGGAGUCCUGAGACCAGUGGCUUUCACAGCAGCUUCACUGGCCUUGCAAGGGGAAGGUGUGAAAGCUUCAGAACAGGCCGUGCAUUGUGGGGCUGUUGCAAGUCCAGGACUUGCCUUAGGAAGGACUCCUGAACCUGUGGUUGCGUGUGAGAGCGUGGAACCAGUUAGAGAGGCAUUGUCAGGAGUGAUGCCCUGGCAAACCACAGCAGAGAGAGAACCUCUCAGUGCAAACCAAACACAGAGUUCCAUCACUUCACAGACUCAGGUCAUGGCACACACCAGAACCUCACAAGUCGAGGUGCAUGGGGAGAGAAGGGAUUCUGAACUUGCUCCAGAAGAUCCAAGCAAAGCCGAGGCAAGGAGCAGAGAAGCAGUCCUAGAACCUGUGCAAGCUUUAGAAACCAGUUCAAAACCUGUUCAGGAACAAAUAGUAGGUCUUUCAACGGCAGUACUGGAGUCUUUGCCCAGCGUGGAAGAAAACAAUGUGACAGAAUUGACAGAUGUGCAAACUCAGGGACCUGCUGUAGAAUAUCUACUUGGAACAAGGACCAGCAUGCAAAGAAAUGAGCCCUCAGAAAUGGAGAAAGCAAAAUAUUUGGGGCCAGCACCAGAAGCUGGAGAAGUGGGUUGGUUGGAGAGCAUGAAAGAGUCUGCAACAGUAGAGGUGAAAGAUUCUGGAACAGGUGGAGAGCUUGAGGUAGCCGUGGAUGAUGCUUCAGCAGCUGUUCCAGAAUCUUUGCACACGGAAAAGCCAGAAGAGCUGCAGGGAGUUCUAGAGGUAAAACCUGCUGCAGAAUGGAAGAGUUCAGAAGAGGCUCCAGAAAUCUUGGGUGCUGCUGGACUGAAGUCUUCUGAAGCAGUUCCAAAACCAGGGGAUGUGAAGGGUCUGGAAACAACACAGGAACACACAGUGACAGCAGAGGUACAAUAUGCAGAAGGAGUGCAGGGUCAACAGGUGGAGGAUAUGCUGAUUGAGAAGGAAGAUGCAGAGCAGACUCAACCAUCUGAGCCCAUUGCAGAAACAGUUCUUAGUUCUUCACAUGCUGCAGAGGAAAAAGACUCCACAGUGACUCCUGAGGCAGGAACACAAGAUUCAGAAGCAGCUCCUCAGGCUGAUGUAGAGCUGAAAGAUGCAGCAGCCGUGGGGUUGGAGGCAGAGACAAAAGAUUUGGAAGCAGCUCCAGUACCUGAGACUGAAGCAGAAGCAGCCCAGGCAGAAGUCAUUCCAGAGACUGAGGAUGUCAAAGAAGCAACUCCGGAAGAAGACUCGGAGAAAAGAGAUUCAGAAACAUCUGAUGUGCAACCCGAUGUGGCAGCACGAAUGAAGGAGACUCUCAUGAGACUGGAGAACGUGGUUGAGAAAAGCAGCCAUAGAAGCAGUGAGAAAAAACAUGAUUCAAAGAAGCAGAAAAGGAGCCGCUCCAAGUCUCAGUCCAGGUCUAGGAAGCGGAAGAAGAAGUCAAGGUCGCGCUCUACUUCCAGGCGCUUGACCUCUAAAAGAGCCCGUUCCAGGAGCAGAAACUACUCGGUGUCCAGAAAAAAGCAUUCCAAAUCCAGAUCCCGGUCUGUGGAGAAGAGGGAGAGAAGAGUAUCGUCGCGGAGGUCCAGGCGCAGACGUUCCAGUCGGUCUGGUUCCUCUGAUCGGUCAAAAUCCAGGUCACGGUCCGUAGAGAAAAGAGGUCGGAAGGCGUCUGUGCGGAGGUCGAAACGACAACGCUCCAAGUCCUCGGACCGCUACAAGUCUAGGUCCAGGUCAGUAGAAAAGAGAGAUCGGAAGCAAUCGUCGCGGAAGUCUAAACGUCAGCGCUCCAAGUCCUCGGACCGGUACAAGUCGAGAUCCAAAUCGGUGGAAAAAAAGAAGGAGUCCUCCCGUAAAUCCAAGCGUCGCCGCUCAAAAUCUUCCGAACGUUACAAGUCCAGGUCCAGGUCUGUUGAAAAAAAGCGCAAGGAAUCUUCAAAAAAGUCCAAACGGAAACGUUCCAAGUCUUCUGACAGCGUCAAGUCAAGGUCCAAAUCUGUAGAAAAAAGAGAGAAUAAGUUGUCAGCAAAGUCCAGCAAACACGCAGAGUCAUCUGAACUUCAGGAGUCAACCAAAAGUCUUGAAAAUGUUCCUGAGUCUUCUGUUGGAAGCGAAGGCAAAUCUUCCAAUGGUCCCAUGUCAAUGUCUUUGUCCGAGCAAGGAAUAAACGGCCCAGAGCUGCCACCGUCGUAUGGAAGUGGAUUUUCCAAAACGUCUGAUAACCUUGAAGAAAGUUCCUCAUCUGUUGAAAAAACAGAUCUGCAGUCUUCUGCCAUGUCUGAAAUGGAUACCUCCAAAACCCCAGACAACCAGGAAUUGAGAUCCAUGUCUGUGGAAAAAACACAGGAUUCAGAGCUUUCUAUGACGUCUGAAAAUGGAUCAGCUGAAAAAGCAGAGGCUCUGGAGUCUUCACCGCUACCUGAACUUCCAUAUUCCACACCCAAGUCAAGAUCCUCAUCUGUUGAAAAAAGGAGAGAUGCAGAAACUUCUUCAGCAGCAGAAUUCCAUCUCUCCACAUCCCACGGAGAUGUAUCCAGGACUACCCCUCUCAGAGAAGUAGAAGGUCCAGAGCUUCCUCCGUCACUUCUAAGUGACUACAAGACUAUCUCCUCAUCCUCUGGAAGUGUGGAAGCUCAGGGCUCUUCUGUGCCACCCGAAGGCACACUCUCCAACUCGUCUGAUGGUCCUGACUCGCGACAUAUCCCUGGUGAGCAAACAGAGCUCCCCCAGUUUCUGCAAGGACCUGAACAUGGAUCCUCCCAGCUGGCUGCCAGCCCCGGAGCAGUGGAAGCUCAGAGGCCUUCCCUGGCACCUGAAGGGACCCACCCUGCAAUCCCUGAUGGCCAGGAGCCUUCUCUGGCUUCUGACAGUGGAUACUUCAUGUCUCCUGAUGGACGUGGAUCAGGAUCCUGCUUUGCUACACCAGUAGACCAACCUUCGUUGUCUGUAGGCGAGUCCUUCAAGUCCCCGGAUGGAAAUGAACAAAGAUAUUUAUCUGUUGAAAAAGUCAAGGCUGCAGAUGUUUCCCUCACGUCUGUGUGUGGUUCUGUUGAGAUCUCUGAUGACCUUGUUUCAGUGUCCUCUUUUAAAGUUCAUGAGUCCAGAUCAUCUGUUGACAAAGGUUUGGAUGGCCCAACGCUUCCCCAAGUCCUUGAGGUUGAUUGCUCCAGAUCUUCAGAAAUGCACGAGUCGAGAUACCUGCCUGCUGGAAAAAUAGAUGGUGCAGGAUCUUUGGUGCUCUCCAAGAGUGGGAUUUCCGUGUGCCACGAUGGCCACAAAGCAAAGUACAAUUCUUUUGAGAGCACAGAAGGUGCAGAACUGUCAGUGGCGUCUGAGCUCAGGUGCUCUGUGUUCCCCGAAGGCUAUAAACUGGCAUCUGCUGCAGUUGAUAAAGUGGAGAUCCAUAAGUCUCCUCUCUCGCUGGAAGGUGGGUUCUCUGUGUCUGCUGAUGGUGAAUCAGUGAGCACACCUGAAAAACUGCAGCCCCCAGCGACUGCUCUGCCAUCAGAAGAGGGGGUUGUCCUGUUGCCCGAUAACCAUGAACUGAGACCUGUCCCUGCUGAAAAAGUGGAGGUGCUGAAUUCAUCUGAACCGAAAGUCCUCGCUUCCCCUGACAGCUACAGGCUGGGGUCUGCCCACGAUGAAAUACAGGUGCAGGAAAGCAGAUGUUCAGUUGCCUCUGAUGGUCACGAGGUGACAUCCACCCCUUUUGGAAGAGCUGAGGUAGAGGAGCCUUCUGGAGUGUCCGACAAUGAACACAUGAUAGGGCUCGAUGGCCCAGAGCUGACAUCAACCCCUGCGGAGAAGACAGAGCUGCGGAAGCUUUACCAGAUGGCUGAGGAGAGAAGUUUGGUGUCUGCCGAGAGCCAGGAGCUGCAGGCACCCUCUGCUGAGAAGGCCCAGAUGGAAGAGCCUGCCCUGGGCUCUGACAGCGAAUGCACCGUGUCCUGGCUGCACCAGGAGUUGAGGUCCAGCUCUCCCGAAAGGGCAGAGGUGCAGGAGGCUGCCGUGGUACCCGACAGUGACUAUGCUGUGGCUGCUGAACAUCACACGUUGCCAUCUUCCCUGGCUGCAAAACCAGAGGGGCAGGAGUGCUCUGUGCUGCCUGGGGUGUCUCCUCAGGGCCAGGAGGUGAUGGCCAGCCCAGCUGAAAAAGAGGUGCAGGAGCCUUCUCUGCCACCUGGCAGUGAAUAUUCCAUCUUCCCUCGGGGCCAGGGUUUACAGCCUGGCCUCGCUGGGAACACGGCAGUGCAGGAGCCCUCCCCCAUCCCAGACAGCUGCUACACUGCAUCUCCCGGGGGACUGGAGCUGCUCCACGCUUACAAUGAGACACCAGAGGUGCAGGAGUGUUCUCUGCUGUCUGAAAACGAGUACGAUGUGUCCCCUGAAAGGCGAGAUUUGAGAUCCAGUCCCGCUGAGAAAGAAGAAGGGGAGGAAUCUGAAAGUGAAAGUUCAAUAUCCACCGACAGCCGGGAGUUGCAGCCUGCAGCUGUUGGAAAAACAGAGGUGCAGGAGUUGUCUUUGUCUGAGGGUGAGUGUCCCAUGUCCCCUGAAGGUCAGGAGCUGCAGUCCAGCCCAGCUGAAAGAAUAGAGGCCAAGGAACCUUCUGUGACAUCUGAAAACGAACACGCUCUGUCCCCCGAGGAGUACGAACCACGAGUAACUCACACUGAGAGAGCAGAGGGUGGGGAUUCUGCUUUGGCAUCUGAACGUGACCAUUUGUUUUUCGAGAGCCAGGAGGUGAGAUUCCCCCCUCUUCAGAAAGCAGCUGGGCAGGAGCUUUCUCCAGCACCUGACAAUGAACAUGGAGCAUCUCCCGAUGAGCAAGAGUUGAGAUUCACCAGUGUUGGAAAAGCAGAUGACCUUGAACCUUUGGCACUGAACGACAGAGCCUCCAUGUCCCCUGAUGACAGGGAUUUGAAAUCCAUCCCUGUUGAGAAAGUGGACCACGCAAUGCCUUCUUUACUGCCUGAAGGUGAGCGCUCUGUGUCUCCGGACGGCUACAGUGUGAGAUCAGGCCCUGGAGAAGAAACUGGGGAUCUGGAGCCCUCUUUGAGAUCUGAACGUAGAUAUUCCACAUCCUCCUAUCAGGAGGGUCAUGAGCUGAAAUCUCCCAUGGAGGAAGAGGGUCUGGAGUCCUCUUUGACUUCUGAACACAGGCGGUCUGUGUCCCCCGAGGGCCACGACCGGAAAUCUGCCAUAGAUGAAGAAAUGGAUGAUGUGGAGAGACGUUCCACCUCCCCUGAAGAGCAGGAGUCAAGCGCGGGUGAAGAAGCAGAGGAUCUGGAGCAGCCUUUGACAACAGAACGUAGAUGCUCCGUGUCUUCUGAUGAGCACGAGUCAAGGUCAACCACUGGGGAAGAGGCAGAGGAUGCAGAACCCUCCUUGACAGCUGAACGAAGAGACUCCAUAUCCUCUGACGAGCACGAGUCGAGGUCCACUGCUGGGGAGGAUGGGGAAGAUGGGGAGGCCUCUGUGACGGCUGAACGUAGACACUCCACGUCUUCUGAUGACCGUGAGUCCACAGCUGGUGAAGAAACAGAGGAUUUGACAGCCGAACACAGACGUUCUGUGUCUCCUGACGGACGCGAGUCCAGGUCAUCUGUAGGUGAAGAAGCAGAGGAUCAGGAGCUCUCUUUGACAGCUGAACGUAGGCACUCCACAUCUUCAGAUGAUCAUGAGUCGAGAUCUACUGCUGGAGAGGAUGCAGAGGACGUGGAGCCCUCCUCGGCAGCUGAGCGAAGAGAUUCCACGUCGUCGGACGAGCAGGAGUCAAGGUCUGACGCUGGUGAAGAAGCAGAGGAUGUGGAGCCCUCUUUGACAGCUGAGCAUAGACGUUCUGCAUCCCCCGAUGGGGCUGAGUCCAGGUCUACCACUGGGGAAGAAGAAGGAGAUGAUGCGGAGCCCUCCUUGACAGCUGAACAAAGAGACUCCACGUCAUCAGAGGAGCAUGAGUCGGAGUCUUCCAGCGGGGAAGAGGAGGGUGAGGAUGCAGAACCCUCUUUGGCAGAUGAAGAUAAGCAGGAUUCCAUGCCUCUGGAGCAGUCGGAGGAACAGGACUCUUCCUUUGUCCCUGAAAGUAGACGUUCCGAGUCUUCUGAACGUGAGAAAUCCAGAUCCAAAUCUGUUGAUAAAGCGUCCGACAAAGAGUCUCCCCAGAGAUCUGUCAGCAGGCGCUCACAGUCUCCCGCCCUCCAGAAGAGCCGAUCCACGUCCGUUGAGAAAGCGGCGGACAAAGAGACCACCCGGAGGUACCGACGGAGACGCUCCAGGUCCACUGCUCACCAAAGGAGCCAGUCCACGUCCGUGGAGAAGACAGCAGACAAGGAGUCCACCCGGAGGUCCCGGCGCCGGCGCUCCAGGUCCACCGCUCGCCAGAGGAGUCAGUCCAAAUCCGUGGAGAAGGCAGCGGACAAAGAGUCUUCUCGGAGGUCCAGGAGCAGGCGCUCCAGGUCCUCUCAGCGCAGAUCCAAGAGAUACGACACAGACUCUCGCUCCAGGCGGAAUCGCUCCAGGUCAGCGACACGGAGAAGAGCCUCGCGAUCCAAAUCCAACCGCCGCUCCCGGUCCAGCUCCUUGUCCCGGUCAAGGCACAGGAGGAGGAGCAGGUCGCGGUCAGCAUCCCGAAGGCGACGCUCCUUAUCCAGGGACAGGCGCAAGAGGUCUCAGAGAAAUAGAUCCAGAUCUACCGAGAGAAGGAGGAGGAGAUCGGAUUCCAGAGAUCGUAGGAUAUCGCUCCGAUUACGGAGCAGGAGUCGGACGCCUCUUCGGCAGAGGAGAUCGAGAUCCCGAGGGAGGAGACGGAGCUCCAGCAGGUCCCCGAUCCGGCUGCGGCGGUCGAGGUCUUCAGGGCGAAGGCGAUACAGCAGGUCACCCGAUCGCCGCCGCUCCAGGUCCUCCGAGUUCUCCAGCAGGUCCCCGAAACGUCUCACAGACCUGGACAAGGCCCAGCUCCUGGAAAUCGCCAAAGCCAACGCGGCCGCCAUGUGUGCGAAGUCCGGGGUGCCCCUGCCCCCCAGCCUGAUGCCUCUGCUGUCCCAGAAGAAGGACGACAAAGCCAACCAGAAAUCCUCCCGGGACACCCUGAAGGAGCUCACGGAGAAAUGCAAGAAGAUUGCCCAGAGCACAGACGACGUGAUCGUGAACAAACCCCACGUGUCGGACGAGGAGGAGGAGGAGCGGCCUUUCUACAACCAUCCUUUCAAGCUCAGCGAGCCCAAACCUAUCUUCUUCAAUUUAAGUACUCCCAGCAUAAAACCAGCACCACCCCCCCAACCAAAAAACCAGGUCAGCCUGUCCAAGGAGUUCCCUGUGUCCUCUGGGUCCCAGCACAGGAAGAAGGAGGCAGACAGUGUCUAUGGAGAGUGGGUUCCCGUUGACAAGGGCGGCAAAGACGACGGCAAGGACGAUGUGUUCCCCAAACCAGCCAUUGAGUGUGUGGACAUCACCACGGCCAUGAACGACCGGGCGGUGGCCCAGAAACGGCUCAACGAGAACUCCUUCGACCUGGAGGCCAUGUGCAUGUUGAACCGUGCACAGGAGCAGAUUGAUGCCUGGGCCCAGUCCAACUCCAUCCCUGGCCAGUUCACGGGCAGCACUGGGGCACAGAUCCUGUCCUCGGACGAGCUCACCAACAGCGGCCCCCAGGCCUGGAUCCGAAAGGAUCAGUUCUUAAGAGCAGCCCCUGUCACUGGAGGAAUGGGAGCUCAGCUGAUGAGGAAAAUGGGCUGGAGAGAAGGAGAAGGGCUUGGGAAGAACAAGGAAGGCAGCGUGGAGCCCAUCAUGGUGGACUUCAAGACAGACCGCAAAGGGCUGGUUGCUGUGGGAGAGAAGGCCCAGAAGAGGUCCGGCCAUUACGUGGUGAUGAAGGAUCUUUCAGGGAAGCACCCGGUGUCUGCGCUGAUGGAGAUCUGCAACAAGAGGAGGUGGACACCCCCCGAGUUCGUGUUGGUGGACGACAGUGGGCCUGAUCACCGCAAGCAUUUCAUCUUCAAGGUGAGAGUCAACGGCAACGAGUACCGGCCCACCUUUGCCAGCCUUAACAAGAAGCACGCGAAGGCCACGGCGGCCACGGCGGCGCUGCAGGCGAUGGGGCUCGUACCAAAGGAGAGCAUGGUCAACACCACCAUGUUCAGGAGUGCCUCCCACCGCUGAGCCGGGCGGGCCGGCCGCGCCUCCUGCGCCGCACAACUCUCGGUGUUCGCCCCUCGGGUUGUAAAUACGUCGGCAGUUCCCACCUUGUAAAAACUGUACAGACGCCCACAGGUUUUUUUUUCUUUUGUACCAUCCAAAUGUAUUUAAAUCAUACUUAGUUUUUGGUAUGUUUAUAUUGUUUACAUUAGUGAUGUAAUUAUUUCUUAAACGACUAAAUCGGAGGACAGGCUCUGGAGGCAUCGGUAACCAAACCCACGGCUAAAGCUCCUGCAGUUCCUCUCCCUGUGGAGCGCUGACGCUGGGAGGUCCCUGGAGAGCACAGGAUUGUACCCCCGGCCCUGCCCCGGGGGGCCCCAGUGGCCACCUGCGCUCCGGGACAGCCGGACGAGGCGACGAGAGGCUUCCAGAGGGACACGGAGGUGGCUCCCGCCUGUCCCCGGGACAGAGGGGCUGUUCCCAACCAGUGAACUCACUGCCCGAUGCCGACUGUACGGAUUUGUGGUUCAUGUGAAUUUUGAACUUUACCGGAUCUACAACUGGACUGGGGGGAGGGGGUAGGAUGACGCUUCAAUUGUUGUACCCGACUUGGUCAAUAAAGCAGCACAAGUUCAUAAUCUGCACCCCUGGUCAGCAGACAGUAAUUCCAGUGGAUGCCAAGCCAGGAACCGGGAAUUUAAAUAUGCCAAAAUGCCUUCUGGAAGAACCACACGCAGUAUAGAAGUGGCUUUGGAAGGAUUCUCAACAGCCAUGGGGUGGGAGGAGCAGGUCUGGUUAUUUUUGUUGCUUUGGUCUCUUACAAAAUAACUCUUUGGGUUUAACAUUUCCAUAAGGAUCCUGUGCCCCCAGGGAGAGCCUUGGGCAGUUGGGCAGGAGAGGACCUAGAAAGCUUUUCCUCCUCGUUACUUUAUCUGUUAUUUAAGAAGUAUCAGUCCUUUGCCUGCGUGCCCCUGGAACUGGACAGGGCACUGCACCCUUCCUGCCAGCUCUCAGCUGGUGCCAGGAUUUCUGGACUGGGACAGUUCAGGUGCUCAUUCCAGAGAAGUUUUUUUUGAGCUGUUGUAUCUGAGCUGGGUCUGGGGCAGGAACUUCCCGUGAGGAAUUCCUGGUGCCUGUCACAGAACAAGGUCUGUCCUUGCCCUGAGGGGACAGGGGUUGGUGUCUCGUGUGCAGCAGAGAAAUGGGGUUGGUUUGCAGACAAAAGAGCCCCUCCGAGUCUGUCCAAGCGCUCUGGAAAUGCUUCAGUUGAUCUUCAUUUUCAUGGACGUUGUUGUCUUGAAUUAAACUUUUUUCCCUUUGGC